AUGGGUAAAAGAAAAUCGUCGACGCGUAAACCAGCCAAAAAGAUCAAGCAAACAUUGGAUGUCCAAUUCACUUGUCUAUUUUGUAAUCAUGAGAAAUCAGUAAUAUGUACAUUGGAUAAAAAGAAUCUAUUAGGAGAAUUACAUUGUAAGAUUUGUGGACAAAAUUUUCAAACGGCAAUACACGGUUUAAGUCAACCGGUUGAUGUAUAUAGUGAUUGGAUUGAUGCUUGUGAGGAUUUGGCUGAAGAAGCUGAGAAGAAUGGGUAUGAGGGUGGAAAUCAUGAAGAGGAUGACGUAUAUUCUGAUGAUGAUGAUGAUAAUCACGAGCGUCGUGGAAGAGAGGUAGACCCUGUACUAGGCUCGGACGGUGACGAUGAAGACGAUUUUUGA